AUGAAGUUCAACGCGGAUCUGUUGAAGAAGGUGCUCGAUGCCAAGGUGCUGCCAGAGAAACACGGUCAAGUAAUCUGUGCAGAAUUUAUCAGCUUCGCCCACAGUCAAAACACCGUCACUCGCCAUUCUGCGAAGGUUUGCCCACAUUCGACCGAAACUGUCGUUCAGACGUAAGUUGCUGUGUUUUUUUUUGUUGAUUUUUGGGUAUGGAAGAAACUUUUUGGUUGAAAACGGGUUGCUUUGAAGAUGUUUGUUAAUAGAGACCUACUUUUGGUCUGUGUAACAUCGCAGAAUUUUUUUUAUGUAAUUGCUUCAAUUUUUAUUAUUUAUUACAUAUUUAGAAAUUACACGAUUGAAGGUGAUGUCCUGACAGAACUUCGCUUCCUGUUCACUCCGAAGAAUCUCAACAUUUUAUAUGUAGAAGGAGUAUCGGGCGGAGGGUAUGUAUUUUAAUAAAAAUGUGUCUUACAAGUAAAGUGCCUAACUAUUAAUAGGAGUUUGUACCAUUAAUAGAAAUAAUAGGACACAUACAACAUAUUUUGUCAAGCUUAACAUAAUAUGCAAACAAAUCGCCUCGGGCUUGCGAUUUUCGCGCGCCAAUUUUGACUUCUAAGGUUAAAAAUGAAUAGAAUUGUCUUGCCUUUUUAACUUUAACCAUUAAAUUUUAGGCAUAAUUUGUUAAAGCUGGACGAUACUCAUCAAAAGCUAGAGCCAAAACAAGAGUACAAAAAACGGAAACAGUGGCUGGUACGAAAUAAAGUUUUGUAUCAAAAACUUCCGGCAGAGAUGGAUUUCCUUGACAGUGGCGGACAUAAUCAUUUUAUAACUAAUGGUGUCUUUGACUUGAUGAAUGCUCCAGUUGUUGGCAGUACCGAUAGUGGGGACCUGUGGCUUCCUGACCACACUUGCCGACACAUCAAACAAACUGGAAAGGAAUACAAUAUUGUCGUUGAAAAGUGUUCAGAACCAAAAAAGCUGCUUCUUUCAUUCGUAAGUUUAUUUUUAAAAUUUAAUGGGCAGCGGUAACGUAGAACUAGGGGAGAGUAGGGUAGAGUAGCAUAGGGAAGGGAAAAUUGUGUUGAGUAGGGUAGGAUAGGUUUGUGUAGGGUAGGGUGUUUUUUACUUGUAAGUUCAUAUUUUACAGAAUUUAAAUUUUAGGCUGCUCUGAAAAAUUUGAAUGCUACUUUGGCGAAUGACGAAGCGAUCCCCAAUUACUUUGCCAUGCUUUAUUACGGGUGAGUAAAUAGUUUGAUAUACUUGUUCACUAAAAUUUUUAAGUUUUUCAAUUUUUAUUAACUUUUAAACACUUCCUUAAUCAGAAACUUGUAGGCAAGCUCCAACCACUACGACUAAGGUUAGUACAACAGAAGACUUUUAUGAAUACGUUUUUCCGGAAUGGAUAUAGUGAGUUUAGCCUUUAUCCUCUUUUUCUGACAAUUCUUCAGUUUUUGCCAUGCCGUAUCCUAUCCUAAACUACUCUGCCUUAUCCUGUCUUACUCUACCUUGCCUUCUUAUCUUACCCUUCCCUACCCUAUUCCUCCCCCCUUCCCCCCCCCCAAAAGAAAAUUGGGUUUAAAUGACUUAGUCACUAUGUCAGUAUUUUUAGUUUAUUCACAGUAAUGCCUACCAUGAAAACUACUACGACAACUGCGAGUCCUCCCGAAAGCUUUUCAUACUGGUGGAUCAUGUAAGAUUAACUUUUUUUCCCCAAAGAUCUGGUCAGGUUUUUGCUUUUAGUUUUUUACAAGUUUCAUGUACAAUAUUGAUGUUUUUGGCCUAUUUAUGGUAUAUUAUUGGCUUUAAUCUAUUUGUUUCAGCGGUGUCAUAGCCGGUUUGGUUCUAGCUGCUGCUGCAGGCUUUGGAAUUUACAAAUGUAAAAGAAAGGCCGCUGACAAACAACCGUCCCAAGCUGUAACCCUAGAACAAAUGCGCCGAGCCAGAUAUAAAAAGGCCUAG